AUGGACUGUGGUACUUCUUCACUGAAAGACAACAGGUCUGAGAAAGCAAUGAAAGCCACAUUAGUCAUCCAAAACUGGUAUCGACAUUACAGAGCUCAACUGAGGGCUAGACAACAUGGUGCCCUCGCCAUCUUCCAGUCCAUUGAAUAUGCUGAUGAGCAAAGCCAAAUGCAGCUGUCCAACUUCUUUUCCUUCAUGUUAGAAAACUAUACAAAGUCACAUAAGGAAGAUUCGGCAAUAGUAACUCGAAUUUUUGAAAACACAUUGUGGGAUAGCAAGGAUAGACAGGAAUAUAUGGGGUUGAUAGAUGUCCCUGACUCCUAUGAUGGUCCUCGGCUGCAAUUUCCUCUCACCUUUACUGACAUUGAUUUACUUCUUGAGGCCUUCAAGCAACAUCAGAUACUUCAUGCUCAUUAUGUCUUAGAGGUCCUAUUUGAAGCCAGAAAAGUCCUGAAGCAAAUGCCGAAUUUCACUCAGAUAAAAACUUUGCCCUCCAAAGAGAUAACGAUCUGUGGUGAUUUGCAUGGGAAAUUGGAUGACCUUUUGUUGAUCUUCUAUAAGAAUGGUCUCCCUUCAGAGAACAAUCCAUACAUUUUUAAUGGUGAUUUUGUAGAUCGAGGAAACAAUUCCAUAGAGAUCCUAAUGAUCCUGCUUGUGAGUUUUCUUGUCUACCCCACUGACCUACACUUGAACAGAGGGAACCAUGAAGAUUUUAUGAUGAAUCUGAGGUAUGGCUUCACAAGAGAAAUUUUACAGAAAUACAAGCUACAUGGGAAAGAAAUUUUGCAAACCUUGGAAGAAGUCUAUACCUGGCUCCCGAUCGGUGCAAUUAUUAACAAUGAAAUCCUGGUCAUACAUGGUGGGAUAUCAGAGUCCACAGACUUGAAUGCACUCCAUCAAAUACAAAGAAAUAAAUUGAAAUCUGUGUUGAUGCCGCCAGUGUCAUUAAGUACAGACCAUACCAGUGAUUUCAAGAAAACUAAAGCAGGUGCAACCACUACUAUGCCAGGGAAGGGCGAAUCAGAGAAGGCCCCUUCUGAACAGUUAACAAAGCGUGAAUGGGAACAAAUUGUUGACCUUCUAUGGAGUGACCCCAGAGGCAGAAAAGGCUGUUAUCCAAACACAAGUCGAGGAGGGGGCUGCUAUUUUGGACCAGACGUUACCUCCAAAGUUCUUAAUAAAAACCAGUUGAAGAUGCUCAUUAGGUCUCAUGAAUGUAAGCCUGAAGGAUAUGAGAUCUGCCAUGAUGGAAAGGUCAUUACUGUAUUUUCUGCUUCUAAUUAUUAUGAAGAAGGCAGCAAUCGAGGAGCUUACAUCAGACUGAGUUAUGGUACAACCCCACAAUUUUUCCAGUACCAAAUGACUAGUACAACAUGCAUGGGCCCUCUUCACCAAAGGGUGACUGCUAUGGAAUUCAGUGCCAUCAAGGUAUUAAAAGAGAGAAUGCUUUCACGAAAAAGUGACCUUGUUCAUGCUUUCCAGCUUCAUGACCACAGUAGAUCAGGAAAAAUUUCACUGGCCCAAUGGGCUUUUUCUCUGGAGAACAUUUUGGGACUGAACUUACCGUGGAGAUCCCUGAGUUCGCAUCUGGUAUACAUGGACCAAGAUGGAAAUAUUGACUACAUGUCCAGCUUCCAGGAUGUCCACAUUGAAAAACCUGUGAAAGAGGCUAAAUCAGCACUAAUUGAAACUCUGUACAGAUACAGAUCUGACCUGAAAAUCAUAUUUAAUAUCAUUGACUCUGAUCACUCAGGCCUGAUCUCCAUGGAAGAAUUUCGGGCCAUGUGGAAACUUUUCAAUGCUCACUACAGUGUUCAUAUUGAUGAUUCCCAAAUUGAUGAGCUCGCCAACACAAUGGACUUCAACAAAGAUGGAAGCAUUGAUUUUAAUGAGUUUUUAAAGGCUUUCUAUGUAGUACAUAAAUAUGAGAAGGCAGAUAAAUCAGACAUCAAUGUUGCUGAUGAUGAAUGAAAACUUCCCUCAGGCUCCUUGUAAACAGCUGAACCAACAUUCCAUUUUUAACCAGGGCCUUUGAA